AUGGCGAUAUUUACAAGCCGCGGAAACGGGUCCUUCAAACUAACCGACUGGAUCCAUUCCGACAACCACAAACUCAUCGAUACCCCCGGGAAGGUAAGAAUGCUUAUCGAAGCCCUUCUCCUCCUCCGUGGCUCAUGGGUCUGCUACCUCGAUCUCACCGGCACGCGGCCUUGCGAAGAUAGCGUCACCUCCGUUCUCUCCCUCUACCUAACGCCACCGCCCUCCGAGAUACGAUCCUUCCACUGCCUCUACACGGUCGACAUCUGCGCCCUGGGAAGCUCCGCAUUUACCACAUGCCUCGUUGGUGACAAGACCAUGUCACUGAAAGGGUUCCUCGAAGCUCGCAACACGCCCAUAGUGGUUUUCGAGGCAAAAAGAAUUACGGAUAGGCUCUCCUCGCAUUUCGGCGUCAACGUCAAGAACGUGAAAGAAUUGCAGUUGAUGGAAUGCGCGACAUUGGGACGGGAAAAGGACGAUCUCUAUGAUUUCGGGACUUUGAUGGCGAGAGAUUGGUUUAAGGCAGGACUCGACCUACCGUGGAUCGAAUCAUGGACCGACAUUCACCUGGCAGCGAACAAAUCGUUGGAUCCACUGGAAGGGGGCACGUUGCACGACUACUGCCUUCGGCCCCUCACCCACUUCUUCGUUGCGUAUUGCGUCAAGGAUGUGUUGUGCUUCCCGAACUUCCAUCGUCUGUAUGGCAGCCAGCUUGUGCAGCAGUGGGAUGACAUGUCCGAGGCCCCGGAUGGGCCGGAGAAGGAAUUAUUGUGGUGGCGAGUGGCAGAUCCGAAGAUGUGUUCGUCUAGGGAACCAGCAUAUGCAGUACAGGAGCCCUGGUUUGAGCCGAAGAAAAUGGAUCUGUGUCUGGGAUAUUCGAACCCCAAGGGACCGAUGGGUGGAAAACAAAACAAGCGAAAAAGAAAACAUCAAGAGAUAGACCCGUCGGUAACUGGAGAGAGGACUACCUGUUCAGCUGCAACCUAA